AUGUUUGAUCAGGCCACGAGUAUGGGCGAUGGGGUCGCCGAGGACAGAAACCACCACUGUGGAUCCAACUCGCUCUGUCGUGAUCGGGCGGGAGACAAGUGCCGCCCCGAAAUAAGAAGUCGGUCUCCCGCGCAGAACACCACCGACACCCCGGGGACAUCCGCAUCUACGCCGACCUCUUCCAGCGAGGACGGGCAUGAUAAACUUUUAGGAGUGGACCCAGACUACUGCAGGAGAAUUUUAGUACGGGACGCCAAGGGGACUAUCCGGGAGAUCGUCCUGCCAAAGGGUCUUGACCUGGACCGGCCCAAACGCACGCGCACCUCCUUCACGGCGGAGCAGCUGUACCGGCUCGAGCUGGAGUUCCAGCGCUGUCAGUACGUGGUGGGGCGCGAGCGCACCGAGCUGGCGAGGCAGCUCAACCUCUCCGAGACGCAGGUGAAAGUCUGGUUCCAGAACCGCCGCACCAAACAGAAAAAGGACCAGACGAAGGACACGGACAAGCGCUCAUCCUCCACCUCCGAGUCACUGGCCACCUGCAACAUCCUGCGUCUGCUGGAGCAGGGCCGCCUCCUCUCGGUUCCCGUGCCCCCCCCCACCCCGCUGCUGGCCCCGCCCCACGCCGGAAACGGCUCCCUCCUGGGCAGCCCCAGCAGCUCCUCCCCGGGGGUAAGCAGCACCCCUCCCGGCGCGGGGGGCACCUUCGGGCUGUCGCUGCCCCCACUGGGCGCCCCGACCCCGCCCUCGCCCCGGCUGGGGGGGCCCCCUCUCUGCUUCUCCAUGCCCAUGCUGGGCGGCGGCCAGGACCUGCAGGCGGGUUAUGGGUGUGGCUCCUCCGCCUUCGAGCCCUACACUCGGAUAGAGAGGAAGGAGGCGGACCUCAACGGGAAGAAGAGCGUUUCCUAA